AUGAUGAUGCAGCCAUUAAAGAUAUUGUGUUCUAUUAUUCAACCGUUGCAGUUUGUACUAUUACUGUCCAGCGUCUCCGUACGUGCAUUCUGGUGGUCUACCAGUCAGACUAGUGAUCCACCAGUGGCCAGCAAACAGGUGCAGUAUGUCCGGGCCUUUACCUACCAACCGGUAGCAUUUCCGGCUCACUCACUACUUGCUCCACCAUCCCCGUACAAGUUCAUCCAGGCCAGCCCAGCUUCGAUCAUACCGACGGCAAAACAGAUCGCUCCAGUACAGCCCACAAGCCAACCCGUCCAGCCGGUACAGCAGCAAACCAGCAGUAGUCCAUUCAGCAGUUUUUUUGGCAAUGCUUUUGGAGGAAUGGGUCAAUCCGGUAGUGGUAAUUCCGUCGCGGGACAUCCAAAUUCCAUUGGUGGAUCAGUACCAGCGUACCAACAGCAGCAACACCAACAACAUUUACAGCAAGUCCAGCAGCAACAGCAGCAGCAGCAACAACAACAGCAACACCAACAACAACCACAGGUAGUACAUACACCAUCAUCACCCCCCAUAACUCCACCUCCAAGUGAAGUUCCCAACGUCAACCCGGGAGUCGUUGCCCCGUCGAGUGGAUUUUACGGUCAGCAGCAUCCGAGCAAGUAUCCUUACUUCACCAUGGAUCAGGUGCAGUAUCUUUCCAGCCUACCGUCCAAUGCACCGCACACACCCCAGGUACAGUUUGUGCCCUGCAUGUGCCCGAUUGCGGUCAAUGUCCAAAGUCACGGGGAAGUCGCUGACAAGCGGUUAGAUGAAACGGCUACAACCGACGCGGAAGUGGUCGUACCGAGCGGUGAAAGUGAAAAGUGAAGUCUAGAAGCCAGUCCUAGAGCACUGGGUAUGUGUCUCACGUAUCAAAGCAAGGGGACAAAAUUCUUCUGGAAAAAACGAUCCUGCACGAUCGUCACGCUCCGUCCGAUGUGGAUUCAAUGUUCUGUUGUGCUAUUUAUUUUUGUACGUUUGUUUCACGUUGAAACUGCACUGGUGUUAGACAAGAAAUUAGCUUAAAGUUGUUGCAAACAAACAACUUUUUACAUUCCGAAUGAAACGCUAGACGAAACAUCACGACAGG